UCUUAAAGCUAUUCUCUUUCUUCACAAAUUCUUUUUUGUAUUAAAAACCAACUGAGUGAUUUUGUUUAAAUUAAUUAUUGAUUUAAAAUUUGGAUAUUUAAUUGAUUUCGUUUAAUUCACAACCAUUAAUAUAAUCAAAGUGACCAUAUAAUGAGUUCCGGUUCCUUAGUGGACAAGAACCAACACCAACGGGGUGUUGAUGAUUCGUUUCUAGCUGGUCACUGGAAUUUAAAUAAAAUUGGUCAUAUGGCAAGAAACCCUAAUCAUUUAGUUGUUCCCGGGAGUGAUGCCUGGUCAAUGGUAGAGGUUAUGUCCGGUGGCUUGAGCAAUAAUCCAGGUCAACAUCAUUUAGGCCAAGUUACGACUUCAGGUCAUCACGUGAUGUAUCAGAAUGUUCAAGCUGUGAAUGCCAGUGGUAGUGGAGGCCAACAUCAUCAACAAAAUCAAGGUUUAAUGGUUCAUCAUCACGGUAAAUCAAAUAAGAAAAAGCCUAAAGUUAACAAGGAUGGAGUACCUGCGCCUAAAAGAGCCACAACUGCAUACAUAAAUUUCACUCAAUGGUACAGAGAAGAGUUAAAGAAAUCAGGUCGGCCUAUUCCUAAGAUUGGUGACUUUGGCAAAGAGUGUGCCGCAAAAUGGAACCAAAUGUGCGAAGAAGAGAAACAACCUUUUCUCGCAGUAGCUGCCAAAGACAGAGAAAGAUACAAAAAAGAAAUGGCUGUAUAUAAGCCUGCGCGUGAUGCAAAUAAACCGAAACGACCUGGCACAGCAUUUAUGUUAUUCAUGGGAGAUUUUCGUAAAGAAAUGGCCGGUAAAGAGCCUGAAGGUGGUGUAGCUGCUUUGGCCAAAUUGGGUGGUGAAAGGUGGAGGGGUAUGACUGAUGAAGAUAAAAGGCCAUACGUUGAAAAACAAAAUGAAGAGAAAAUUCGUUAUGAAGCCAAUAUGGAAGACUAUCGUAGAAAGAGCGCAGAAUCUCUAACUAGUGGGCCACAAGUUAAGCAAGAGAGGCUUUCUACAGAAGGAUCUGAAGGAGGAGAAGACUCUGCAUCGACUACUAAUGACAAUAAUCAAGAUCAUUCGAAUCAAUCACAAUCUCAGGAUCAACAACAACAAGCUCAGAAUAUGGUCAUCAGGCAACAGGAAACACCAUCUCCAGCAUCUUCAUCGCCAAGUCCUGCAAAUCAUCAACAACAUCAACAACAGCAACAAGAUCAACCCGAUCAACAGGAACAAAACCUCAACAAUUCAAGCAUGUCUUCAAUGAACUUAAAUUCAGCCCUUACCAACCAUGCAUUAGCCUCCAUGGGAUAUGGACAGCACUCAUUUAACUUUGUACAUCCAAAUAGUGCUGCUGGUGUUAUGGCAGCUAAUUAUAACCAAGCUCAUCAAGGUGGAUUACCUGUUAGUAGCUCAUCUUACUUACCCACAGGAGCUGCAGGCACAUACACGCAAUCCCAACUCUCUGGAGCUCAUUACAAUUGGAACUGAAUCAAUUUGAAAAGGAAUAGCUGAGCUAAUCUCGGAAAUUAUAGCUCAUUCGAGCGCUUUUCAUUUAAACGUUUCAUUUUUCUCUUCUCUACUUCCAUCCUUCUUCGAUCAUCAACGCACCAAUUUGCUUUCGAGAGAUCAUCAUCAGUAUCAACAAACAACAUCAAUAUCAUCAUCAUCACAAUUAUUAUAAUUAUAACAAUUUAUCUUAAUUAAUAUUGGUGGCAUGUAAUUUUAACGUAGGAAAUCUUUAAAAUGAAAUAAUCGAAAGCAAAAAUUAAAAAUCCUCAAAAAUCUCUUAA